GUCUAAUGGCCCAGAAGUAUGGGAGGAAGGUGUCUGAGUCUAACGUAACCUGAAAUAGAAAAUAUUUUAAAAAUUUAAUUCGAGAGUUUAUAGAAAAGUGUAUGACUGUCAUAUAAGUCGGAAAUGUUGUUGCCGUUGGGCACGACAACCUGUAGAUUAAAUUUGAAUCGUAUUUUAACAUUCAGUAUAUUCAAAUCGAGUUUCAGGGUUUUGGAAGCAAGGUCCCUUAGUCAGAAGUCUGUUUAUAAACGGGAGGAAGCUAAAAAGAUUCGUUUUUAUUUAUUGACGCGUUUUAUAGACUAUUUAAAAAACUAUGAUAAAGUACUUGAGAAGAAUUUUCCAACCACUAUGCUUACAUACAGGACAUUCACGGAUGGUAUUAAAGAUUUUAUAGCCGACACCAGGGAAUACUUCAAAAUUGUCUUAUUGCUGAAUGCCUCCUCAGAUAAAUUUACAAAACUUCUAAGGCGAGACAUAGAACUUUACCAGCAAAUGCCCAAAGAUAUGAUAAAAGUCGCCCCAACUCUACUAGUUUCCUCAUUACCCUUUGCCUUAUAUGUUACUUUACCUAUGAUUUAUUAUUUUCCCAAGCAGCUACUGUCCUCUCACUUCUGGACUUUAAAUCAAAAGUCAAAGUUCAAGACUGAGUACCUCGCAGAGAGACUCAAACACAACAGACCGAUUUUGAGACAUUUGCAGCUUCAGAUUGGCUUCUUAAAAAGAGAAAAACUGCAGUCAAUGUUUAAACCGUGGACAGAGGUUUUGGGUACUUUAGGUAGUGGAACACAGCCCACUGUGGAACAAAUAUUGACCUGCAAAGAGCUUUUUAGUGGUGAACCCUACCAUCUGAUGUAUCUCAGCAGGAAUCAUGUAAAACAUCUUUUGAAGCUCCACGAUUUGCAUAUGGGUUGGUUUAGGAGGACCAGGCUCUCAGAUAGAGCUAACAUUUUAAUUGAAAUGGACAGGGCCAUAAUGAGGGAAGGGGGUGUACACAAUCUUCCCCAAGAAGCUCUCCGGAAUUCUUGUUAUAUCAGAGGACUCAAUCCUUCUAACGUCAGCAGGGAACAUUUAGUUAAAUGGCUGACACAAUGGAUAAAAAUAUCUAGUCAAAUAAACCAAGACAAUCUCUCUUUACUUUUGCACUGCCCAGUUCUACUUGGGUACAAUGAGCCAUCCAACUGGAUGCUUAUUUAUGAACCAAAGUUUAAGUCAACUUUGUGAUUUGUUAAUGUUACCAAAAAAUAAAAAAUAUUUUUUUUAAAAUAUGGUUCCUGUUGUUUCUCUUGGAAGACAGUGACAGAAUCUUGUAUGUUUUGCUUUACUGUUGUCCUUCACAUCUCUACAAAAUUAUUAUUAUUAUGUGAUGCAGACAAAAAAAGUAUUUUUUCUCUUUUCAUUAUACUGUAUCUUGGAGUAAAAUAUAAAAAAUUGUAUAGUUAUCAGAGUUUUAUCUCCGACUGACCAAGAGAGGUUGGUACAUUUCACCUACUCCUGGGCU